AUGGUCAGACUCACUGAAGUUGAGGACGAGCACUUCGCCCAAGAGAAGCCUCAAGCCACCAAGAGCAACGUUCUCCUUACCUCUGAUGAUGAAGAGGAGGAGGAUGACUACACUGACACCGAAUCCGAAAUCUCUGACGACUCCGACAUUGAGCUCGAGAGCGAGUCUUUCGCCGAUCGUCUUUCGGCCUUGCAAGACAUUAUCCCUCCCUCCGCCCGUCGCACCUUCAACACCACCGUCUCUACAGUUACUUCCCUCACAAAGUCCAGCAUCACCUUCAGCGGUAAGGCAUUGUGGAUCAUCAGCACCAGUGCCUUCCUGCUCGGUGUCCCAUGGGCUCUUGCCUACGCCGAAGAGGAGCAAUACAUCCAGCUCGAGCGCGAGCAGGGCAUGAUCAGAGGAGCCAACGAGAUGAUCGCCCCUGGUGCCGAGGAGAACAAGGAGGCCCAGCCCUCUCUGUAA